CUUCCCUCUCGUCUCCAUGACAAGAACCACUGAAAACUGAAAAAAAUAUCAGAUGAAUUCGUCGUGUGAUACGUCGUGUGCCACAGAAAUGGGCCAAGUGCUCAUGUAGUAAUUGUUGACCAUUGGACAUCACUUCCUCGAGGUUGUGCAGCUCCUGGUGACGACUUUUUUCAAAAUUAUUUAUCAAUUUUAACUCAACGUCAACGGGAAAUCGGAUUUUUCCGAUUGGUUUUUCCGCGUUUUGUCGAGGUAUUUCUGGGCACUCGCUGCACGCCGUAGACGCAAUUGUCAGAGAAAUGGAGCAGAAGAGGGUGUACAAGGUCGUACUUACUGGAGGUCCUUGUGGGGGAAAAACCACGGGUCAGACUCGCCUCUGCACAUUUUUCGAGAACAUGGGAUGGAAGGUGUUCCGUGUCCCCGAGACAGCGACUGUGCUGCUCAGUGGUGGAAUCAAGUUCUCAGAUCUCACAGCAGACGAGGCUUUCAAGUUCCAGGAGAAUCUCCUCAAGACGAUGAUCCAGAUCGAGAACACAUUCUUCCAGCUGGGUGAAUCGUGCAGUAGAAAUUGCCUCAUAAUAUGUGACCGAGGAGCAAUGGACGCCUCGGCCUUCAUCACCAAGGACAAAUGGGACCUGAUGACCUCCUCCAAUGGUUGGAAUAACGUUGAACUUCGUGACAACCGCUACAACCAGAUCAUUCACAUGGUGUCGGCUGCCAAUGGAGCCGAGGAAUUUUACUCCACCGAAGAUCACGCCUGCAGAUCCGAGGGAAUGGAACUCGCUCGAGAACUCGAUUACAAAGCAGCCGCCGCCUGGGUCGGACAUCCCUACUUCGAUGUCAUCGAUAAUUCCCAGGACUUUGAGUCGAAGAUCUGUCGAAUGAUCGAGUGUAUCUGUCAGAAAUUGGGCAUUGACACCGGUGAUCGAUUGAGAGCCAGUUCUCGUAAGGUCAAGUUCCUGGUGAAAGGACCGCUGCCAGCUGACAGCGAAUUUCCACCAUUUCAGGACUUCGAUGUCGUCCACAACUAUCUCCAGAGCAAGACUCCCAAAUUACAAGCCAGAUUACGCAAGCGCGGGCAGAAAGGUCAUUGGUCCUAUAUUCACACACUAAGGAGACCAAAAAUGUGUGGACAAGUUGUUGAAGUGAAGACCCAGCUGACGCACAGAGAUUAUUUGAACAUGCUUGCGCAACGCGACGACUCACACUUCACGAUAUUCAAACGACGUCGAUGUUUUCUCAUCAAUAAUCAGUAUUUUCAGCUGGAUAUCUACAGGGAGCCCGGACACCCAAGGUGUAGGGGAUUGAUGCUCUUAGAGACUUACACAGCCCUAGCUGGUGAGGAAUUAAAAAACAUUCUCCCGAGUUUUUUAUCAAUCGAGAAAGAUGUCACUGGCAAUCCAGACUACAGUAUGUUCAAUCUCAGUCUCAGGGAGGAGUGGAAUACCACUGGCAGCAAGUACUCCUAUUUACACAGCGCAACGAACGGUGCACUGAGGGUAGAUUUUACAAACAACCAAUGUGACACCAAGGAUGACAACAAAUUACACCAGAUUAAUGGGGUUAAUGAGUUGAAUGGAGAUAAUGGAGUGAAUGGUGAUAAAAAUGGUUAUGAUAGGCAGAAUGGUGUUGAGAAUGGGUUUAACGGGGUUAAACACAAUGGUGUUUGUGGGAAGAAGAAAAUUGAUGAGAGUGUCAAUGGUGAUUGUAAAAAUGCGCUCAAUAAUCGAUUGAAGAUAUGAGGGGGAAAUGCCAGAUCUCAGGAGAGUUUUUAAGGAUUGGGGGAGGGAGAUUUAGCGGUUGAGGAGUGGUAAAACUGGGCGGUGAUUUUUUUAAAUAUUUUUGAUGAUUUUAAUGGUGGGAAGAUGUUUAUUAGGGGUCUCGAAAUUAAUUUGGUAAUUUGAUGUUGAUUUUUUAAAGUGAUUUAAAUUUUUUUUUUGAGGAUUUUGAAGGCUUUAUGGAGUUUGUUUUCUGACGUCGAUUGACUCGACGAAAAAAGUGUCAGUCGUUUUGAAGAUAAUCGCGAUUAACAAAAUAUGAAAAUAAAUUCUUACGUUUUACCACUUCACAACAGACUUACCCAUUAAAUUCAUGAUCAAAUUGUCUCAUUACAUUAAUUAAAAAUUCAAUGUUAAUAAAAUACGUAGUUAUUUAAAUUUUAGGGAUGAUGACUAGAAGUAGAAUCACGUAGAGUUUUCUUUUGACGGUUAAAAUCAAUGUAAAGAAGAAUUUAUUUUUCAGUUCAUUAUCAUUUUGAGAGAAAACAAAAUCAUUGGUAAAAUUGUACUUAAUGCUGAAGUAUUUUCUUCUACCCUUGAAUCACAGGUAAUUAAGUGAUUUCAGAGUCUACCGGAAGUAUUUGACAAGGGGGAGUAUCCAUUUUACUGAGAAUUACUGAGAAAAAUCUAAAUGUGAUAAAAAAAAACAACAACAACAACAAAAAUAACAAAAAAUUCUGAAUUUAACGUUUAAAAGAGAAAUAAGUGGAUUCAUCAAGAUAUUUAUUAUGAGAUCAUGUCAUUCACAUCUGAGAUUGCGAGAAUAUCCAUCAAUCAUGUAUCUGAUGACUCAUGAUUGAUCAACUGAUCACCUGAUCUUUGCAUUACUCAAUUGAAUUCUGAAAUAUUAUGGAAAAUGUUGGGGAUUUCUCUCAUGUAAAUCGUGUAUUCGUGAAAUGGGGAAUAAUAAGGAAGAAUUGAGAUAGUUAUAUUAAUUGGCACUGUCGUAUGGCAAAAGAUUAUUUAAGAUUCAUGUAAAAUCGAUGAAAAAUGAUUAAAGAGAGACAAUGGUUGAUUUUUAGCUCGCUACGACUGAUCCUGAGGUGGCAGAAUGGUCCUGGCCCUCCAGAAUACGUUCAAAUGCAUGAAAAAUAUAUUCCAAUUAACGGUGGAAGGUAAAAUAAUCGUUAAGAGCAAUAAUGAGUAAUUAAUCAUUAAUCAAGAGCAAAUGACGACAUUUGGAAAAUCAGUUGAAUUUAAUGUGUUUAUUAUUCUUUCAUUAUCUCGUUAAUGACGGGAUCGAGAAGAAAAUGUGAUAAGAACAUUUUUGUGGGGAAUUUAAUUUUCUACAAAAAUGUCUGAUAACAGUUUUCUCUAAAACAAUCCAUUAGUGAGAUAAUCAGCAGUUGAUAAGAUCAGAUAAACGAUUUCCUGAAUUUUCGUCCUGAAAAGUCAUUGUCCACUCAACUAAUUUUUCUAAUUUUUAUAAAUAUCGUACGACAGUGACAAUAAACAGUUCAAUACUAUCAAUAAUUGAUCGCAAAUACGAAUUCAUCGCUAUGAAAUUAUUUUUGCUACUGAAUUCUCAUUUAUAAAGAAAAAAAAAUUGACAAAAAAAUGAAAAAAAAAAAUUCUGGAUGAAUUCUCACGGAUGCACGAUCCAAUUGUUCGAUUUCUCCCACCCCACCUGUAACAAUUAUUUAUUAUAGAUAAUAACGGGAGCCGAGGGUUUUAGGUGUGAAAAAAACAUGAAAAAUUGGGUAAAAAUUAUCAGUAGUCAUUGGUAGUACUUAAUUAAUGGACAUGUACCUAAAGAAUUUAAAAAAGAUGAAAAAUCUCGAAUCUCCUUUAAUUAAUUAAUAAUUUAAUCGACAAGUUUGUCUAGUUGCUGAGCAAGGAGAUAAACUGAAAAAACAAAAUCUGGAGUUAAUUUCACUCUUAAUAGUGUAAAUGAUUUUCCACGAAUAAUUUACCGAAUUAUCUCUGAUAAAACGUUUGAAAACCUCUGGAAAAAAUCGAGAUGAAGUGCCUGCGAGAAUAUUCGAAUGCAUAAACAAUAUUAAAAAAUAAUAAAUAAACAGUUUCAGAUAUAUUUUCAAUGAUGAAUGCUAUAAGAAUGAUAAUGUCACUUGCAAUUAUUUAAUGAAAAAAUGAAAGAUGAUGAUUUCGUCUCUAUUCGACGUUGUACCUAAGAUUUUAAGAAUAAAAUAUCCUUCGUCUGCCA